GCAGCCUGGCCAAGGUCAAGGGUCAGCAGUGGCUAUAAAGGGCUGCUGCUGGGUACCACCUGCGGCGCAGCGCGGACCCUGGGUCCUUGCGUGUGCUCCCUCCUGUCCUCCUCCUCCGUGGGCACCCUGCGGACCUCUGCAGAGCUGGGGGUUGGUCCCUGAGAUUCUGAGCAGCCCCGACCCAGGGAAAAUUCGAAUAUAAGCAAGAAGCCUUCAUUAACAAAAUGAAGAUCCUGCUAAUCACAUUCAUCUUAAUCCUUUGGACUGAAACAUUGGCAGAUCAUAGUCCAGAACCCGGCCCUGAGUAUGCAGACGUGGUGUUUCUGGUGGACAGUUCAGAUCACCUGGGAACUAAGUCCUUCUCCUUUGUGAAAACGUUCAUGAACAAGAUGAUCAGCAGUCUGCCCAUAGAGGCCCACAAGUACCGCGUGGCCCUGGCCCAGUACAGCGACCAGUUCCACAAUGAGUUCCAGCUGAGCACCUUCAGGAGCAAGAACCCCAUGCUGAACCACCUCAAGAAGAACUUCGGCUUCAUGGGCGGCUCCCUGCGCAUCGGCCACGCGCUCCGGGAGGCGCACAGGACCUACUUCUCUGCGCAGGCCGGCGGGAGGGACAAGAAGCAGUUUCCCCCAAUUCUGGUGGUCCUGGCUUCCGGGGAGUCUGAGGAUGACGUGGAAGAGGCCUCCAAAGCCCUGCGGGAAGACGGGGUGAGAAUUGUGUCCGUGGGGCUGCAGGGUGCUUCCGAGGAGCAGCUGAAGGCCAUGGCCACGGCUCAGUUUCAUUUCAAACUCCGGUCGGUCAGGGACCUUGGCGCGUUUUCCCAAAACAUGACGCAGAUCAUCAAGGAAGCCACCCAGUACAGGGAUGGAGCAGCCGAUAUUCAAGUCUCCUUCCCAGUGGCCUGUCAGAAAGAUUCAUUAGCUGACCUCAUGUUCCUAGUAGAUGAAUCAGUUGGCACCAGGCAAAAUUUAAGGAACCUACAGAAUUUCCUAAGGAACAUUACCGCCGCCAUGGAUGUGAGUUACAACUGCACACGCCUUGGUCUUAUGAGUUACAGUGAUAGAGCCAAGAUUAUUUCCUUUCUAAAUUCAAGCACAACCCAGUAUGAGUUUCAGGAGCAAAUCCAAAAGCUUUCUAUCCAGGCUGGGAAAUCCAAUGCUGGGGCUGCCAUUGAGAAGAUGAGGCUAGAAGCCUUCUCAGAGUCAAGUGGCAGCAGAAGGGCACAGGGAGUGCCUCAGAUCGCAGUCUUUGUCACUCACAGACCAUCGACUGAUGAGGUGCGCGACGUGGCGAUACAACUUCGGCUGCAGGAUGUGACUGUGUUUGGCAUGAAUAUUCAAGGAGCUAAUGACGUCCAGUUAGAAGAAAUAGUGUCUUACCCUCCAAGACAAAUGGUUUCCAAGCUUGAGUCCUAUGCAGACUUGGAAGCUUACAGUAAAAACUUCCAGAAAAAACUCCAGAAUGAAAUUUGGUCCCAAAUUUCUACUCGUGCUGAGGGAAUGGACCUUGACAGAACUGGCUGUAUGGAUACGAAAGAGGCUGAUAUCUAUUUCCUCAUUGAUGGCUCAACCAGCAUACAGAAGAAACACUUUGGACAAAUCAAGGAAUUUAUGCUGGCUGUGACAGGAAUGUUCAGCAUUGGCCCAGACAAAGUCCAAGUCGGAGCGGUGCAGUAUUCACAUAAGAUGAAAGUGGAGUUUUAUAUCAAUGACAGUUCUAAUAAUGUGAACUUAAGAAAUGCUAUUUUGAACAUCGAGCAACUCAAAGGCAGGACCCAUACUGGGGAGGCCCUGGAUUUCGUGCUGUCAAUAAUAAAAGAAGAUAGGAAGCAUAGGACACGCCAGGUUCCCUGUUACCUCAUUGUGCUGACUGACGGGAGGUCCGCAGAUGAAGUCCUAGAGCCUGCAGAGAGAGUAAGGGCUGAGCAAGUCACCAUUCAUGCAGUUGGCAUCGGGGAGGCUAACAAAGCACAACUCCAACAAAUUGCUGGGGGAGAAGAAAGGGUUAGCUUUGGGCAGAACUUUGAUGCUUUAAGAAGCAUAAAAAAUGAAGUUGUUCACAGGAUCUGCAAAGAAAAAGGAUGUGAAGGCAUGAAGGCUGACAUCAUGUUUCUGGUGGACAGUUCUGGCAGUAUAGGACAGGACAAUUUUGGGAAAAUGAAAACUUUCAUGAAAAACCUAUUAGCCAAGAUUCAGAUUGGUCCAGAGAGAACUCAGAUUGGUGUCAUUCAGUUCAGCGAUCAAACUCAAGAAGAAUUCCAACUUAAUAAAUACUUUACACAAAAUGAAAUUUCUGAUUCAAUAGACAGAAUGUCUCUCAUCAACCGAAACACUUUGACCGGAAAUGCACUGACUUCUAUAGAUGAAUACUUUACCCCUGCCAAGGGGGCCCGUGCUAUGGCCAAAAAGUUUCUUAUCCUCAUCACGGAUGGAGAAGCACAAGAUCCUGUGAGAGACCCUGCUAAAGCUCUUCGGGACAAAGGUGUAGUUAUCUUCUCUGUGGGGGUGUAUGGCGCCAAUAGGACGCAGCUGGAGGAGAUCAGUGGGGAUGGCAGCUUGGUCUUCCAGGUUGAGAAAUUUGAUGAUCUGAAGACAAUAGAAAGCAAACUCAUUUUUCGUGUUUGUGCUCUCCAUGAUUGCAAAAAUAUUAAAGUGUUGGACAUUGUGUUUGUGCUGGACCAUUCAGGCAGCAUAAACACAGAAGAGCAAGAAAGCAUGAUGGAUCUAACUAUCCAUUUGGUGAAGAAAGCAGAUGUUGGCAGUUCCCGAGUUCGGAUUGGAGCUCUGAAAUACUCAGAAUAUCCUGAGGUUCUUUUCCACCUUGGGAAAUACUCAAACAGAUCUGCAGUCAUUGAACACCUGAGGAGGCGCAGGGACACUGGAGGGCGUACCUUUACUGCCAGGGCUCUUGAUCACACAAACAUAAUGUUCACGGAAGAACAUGGCAGCCGCAUCCAGCAAAAUGUGAAACAGAUGCUGAUCAUCAUCACUGAUGGCGAGUCUGAUGACCGAAAUCAGCUCAAUGACACAGCACUGAAAUUGAGAAACAAAGGCAUCGAUAUCUAUGCAGUGGGUGUAGGAAAGGCCAAUCAACUUGAACUUGAGGCUAUGGCAGGGAAUAAAAACAAUACUUUCCAUGUAGAUAAUUUCAACAAACUGAAAGAUCUUUACCUGCCUCUGCAAGAAAGAAUGUGUACCAUUGCCCUUGAGCCGUGUGAUAUUCAAGAAGCCGAUAUGGUUUUCUUUUUUGAUGGCUCUGACAUGGUCUCCCACUCAGAGUUUGUUACCAUGACAACUUUUGUGUCAGACUUAAUUGAUAAUUUUAACCUUCAGAACCAGAGAAUAAAAAUCGGCUUGGCUCAAUUUGGGAGUGGCUUCCAGAAAAUUAUUGAGUUGAAAAACUCUCUGACAAUACCGAAGCUGAAGACUCAAAUUCAAACCAUCACUAAGAGCAACGGGUUUCCGCGAAUUGACCUGGCCCUUAAAAAAGUGAAAGUCAUGUUCGAUCCAUCUUCUGGUGGGAGGAGAAAUGCUGGUGUUCUUCAAACUUUGGUUGUCAUCACAUCCAGGGAUCCCUACUACAAUGUGGCUGAUGAAGUGAAAGUCCUGAGAAACCUCGGAAUUUGUGUCCUGGUUUGGGGCAUAGGGGAUGUUCAUAAGGAGCAACUUCUGCCAAUGACAGGAGAUUCUAGAAAAAUAAUCACCCUCAAAGACUUUAAUACAUUAACGGAUGUGAGUAUAAAAAAAAGAAUGGUUCGUGAAAUCUGCCAGAGCUGUGGGACCACCAAUUGCUUUAUGGACAUAGUGGUCGGGUUUGACAUUUCCACUCACCUGCUGGGGCAGCCGUUGUUCUAUGGCCACCCCCUGCUGGAAUCCUACCUCCCAAGCAUCUUAGAGGACAUCACCUCCAUCGGGAGGGUCAGCUGUGGGGCAGGCACAGAGGUGCAGGUGAACGUGGCCUUCAAGGUGAACAAUAUCACUGCCAAGUUCCAACUCUACCAGAGAGCAAUAUUUGACAGCCUGCGGCAAGUCAGUGUCGAUGGGCCAACUCAUCUGAAUGCACAGUUCCUGCGGUCGCUGUGGGAGACCUUUAAUGAUAGAGCUAAAUCCCAUGGACAGGUUCUACUCAUCUUUUCAGAUGGUCUUGGGGGUGAAAGCGAGAUAAUGCUUGAAGAUCAAUCAGACAGGCUCAGAGCAGCAGGACUUGAUGCUCUGCUGGUGGUGUCCCUAAAUACGACUGCCCACGAUGAGUUUUCCAGCUUUGAAUUUGGAAAGGGAUUUGAUUACAGGACUCACCUGACCAUUGGCAUGAGAGAGCUGGGCAAGAUGCUGUCACAGUACCUGGGAAACAUUGCAGAGAAGACUUGUUGCUGCACAUUGUGCAAGUGUUUGGGGGAUCCAGGUCCUCGUGGAUCCCGAGGACUGCAAGCCACGAAGGGUUUUGCAGGUCUGAAAGGCAGCAGAGGACACAGGGGAGACGACGGAGACCCCGGAAGACGAGGAGAAUCUGGACCCCCAGGAGAUAAAGGGAUUGCAGGAUGUCCAGGGGAGCAUGGUCAAAAGGGAAUCAGAGGAUUUUCUGGAAGUAAGGGAGAACAAGGAGAGCCCGGGGUUGCCGGACUGGAUGGGGAAGAGGGCUUUCGUGGAUUUCCUGGGGAAAAAGGAGAAAAAGGUGAUCCAGGAUCUCAGGGCAGCCCGGGUUCCAGAGGUCCCCCUGGGGAAUAUGGGGAGAAGGGCUUCCCAGGAGAUUCUGGUGAUCCAGGACAAAACAGUAACAUCAAGGGACAAAAGGGCUCCAAAGGAGAACAAGGAAGACAAGGUAGAACUGGACAGAAAGGAACACCAGGCAGUCCUAAUUCCAGAGGAAAUAGGGGAAGGGAAGGCCAACGGGGGCCCCCAGGUGCCUCGGGCGAGCCGGGAAAUCGUGGACCUCAAGGCCUUCCGGGAACCAAUGGAUUACAAGGCCCACAGGGGCUGGAUGGAGUUCCUGGCAGAAAAGGAGAGAAGGGAAGCGAGGGGCAUAAAGGACCCCAGGGCUCUUCCGGGCCAGUGGGAGCUAAAGGGAACAUCGGAAGUCCUGGGCCUUCAGGGAAAAAAGGAGAACCUGGAAUUCUUGGAGAUCCAGGGCCAAUGGGGCAAGUCGGACAGAGAGGAAGACAGGGGGAUUACGGCAUCCCAGGCUAUGGUCAAAUGGGACGAAAAGGAGUAAAGGGCCCAAGAGGAUUCCCUGGAGAUAUGGGUCAAAAGGGUGCUGUCGGUGAUCGUGGAAUUCCUGGGGGCCCUGGACCCAAAGGAUUUAGGGGAUUAACACUCACUGUAGGCCUGAAAGGUGAACAGGGACCUCCAGGACCCCCGGGCCCUCCUGGACGGAGAAUUCUGGAGAUCUAUGUGGGGGUCGUGCAUCUUCCCAGCCUUGUGCUUGGUCCUACUGGUCCACUAGAGCCUGGUUUCACUGUCUCGGGCUUGCUGCUGUACCAGAAUGUGACUUCUCCAUCUUGGGGCAUGAAAGGCAUGGCAGGGAAGUCUGUAUAUUCCCAAUGUGAUCUGAUCCAGUUCUUGAGGGACCAUAGUCCUUGCUGGAAAGAAAAGUGCCCAGUGUACCCAACAGAGCUGGUAUUUGCCCUGGACCAGUCCUACGACAUCUCCAAACAGAGAUUUGAUGAAAUGAGGGAAGUCAUCAAAUCCAUUGUUGAAGGCCUUAACAUCAGGGAAAGUAACUGCCCAGUGGGAGCCAGAGUUGUUGUAGUUUCCUAUGAUUCAGGCACCAGCUACCUCAUCCGUGGGUCGGACUACCGUAACAAGAAGCAGCUCCUCCAGCUUAUUUCCCAGCUGAAAUAUCGAACCCCCACAGAAGCCCGAGACAUUGGUAAUGCAAUGAGGUUUGUGGCCCGGAAUGUUUUCAAGCGGACACAUGCAGGAGCCAAUGUGAGGAAGGUCGCUGUGUUUUUCAGCAACGGGCAAGUGGCCAGUCAGUCAUCCAUCAUCACGGCCACCAUGGAGUUCAAUGCCCUAGAUAUCAGCCCAGCAGUCUUUGCUUUUAAUGAAAGGACUUUCCUUGAGGCUUUUGAGUUUGAUGACACUGGAACAUUUCAGGUGAUCCCAGUUUCUCCAAAUGAGUCAUUAGAAAAAUUUCGACGUUGUACUCUUUGCUACGAUAAAUGUUUUCCAAAUGCUUGCAUCAAAGAGAUUUUUUUACCUGAAAAUUCAUACAUGGAUGCAGCCUUCCUCUUAGACAAUCCUCAGACUAUAGCAAAUGAUGAGUUUAAUGCUGUGAAAACCUUGAUGAGCUCCAUGAUUGACAACUUCAACAUUGCCUCAGACCCUGGAAUCUCAGACUUUGGUGAUAGGAUUGCCCUAUUGAGCUAUUCUCCUUGGGAUAAUUCUAGGAGAAAGAAGGCUGUGGUAAAAGCAGAGUUUGGAUUUACAACUUAUAACAGUGGAGUCCUAAUGAAGAGGCACAUCCAGUCUUCCCUCCAGCAGCUUAAAGGAGAAGCUACCAUUGGCCAUACCCUACUGUGGGCUGUGGAGAACCUCUUCCCACAAACACCAAACUUAAGAAAACACAAAGUCAUUUUUGUUAUCUCAGCUGGAGAAUAUCAUGAGAGAAAGGAAUUCUUAAAGAGGGUGGCUCUGAGGGCCAAGUGCCAAGGCUAUGUCAUAUUUGUGAUUUCCCUGGGCUCUGCAUAUAAGGAAGACAUGGAGGAGUUAGCCAGCUACCCACUUGAUCACCAUCUGAUACAGCUUGGGAGAAUUCAUAAACCAGAUCUGGAUUAUAUUACGAAGUUUCUAAAGCCAUUUGUUUAUUCAGUCAGACGAGGAUUCAAUGAGUACCCCCCACCAGAGCUUGAGAAUGCCUGCAGACUCAUCUCAGAAGCUUAUCAAAAUAGUGAUCGCCUAUUUACUCCUGAGCCACAUGAUAUUUCUUCAGGAGAGAACAGCUUCAUUGGCCAGGAAUUAAGUGCUGGAAAAAACUCUUCCUUUGUGUUGGAGGACAUUGGAAGUGACUCUUUGGUCUACAUACCAAGUCAUAUGCUUAUGCCACAAGAAUUAAAGAUCACACACAAGAAAGGUCACAAUUCUAAAGAAAUUGCAAGUUUAACUUCUGGACAUGAAAACCAUGGCAGAAAAGAAGAACCAGGUCUUACUAAUGAACCUGGAGAUACCUCUCUUCAAGAAUAUUACAUGGAUGUGGCUUUCCUCAUAGAUGCUUCCCAAAGAAUAGGAAAUGAUGAGUUUCAGGAAGUGAAAGCUUUUCUAAUCUCAGUGCUUGAUUAUUUUCGUGUUGCCUCCUACCCACUGACUUCCAUGUUAGGAGAUAGAGUGGCAGUUGUGAGCUAUUCUCCUCCAGGCUAUAUGCCCAACAGUGAAGAAUGCCCUGUCUACCUGGAAUUUGAUUUGGUUACUUACAACAAUGUACACCAAAUGAAACAUCAUCUCCAAGACUCUUUUCAACAACUCAAUGGAGAUGUUUUUAUUGGCCAUGCCCUGCAGUGGACAAUUGAUAAUGUAUUUGUAGGAACGCCCAACCUGAGGAAAAAGAAAGUUAUCUUUGUUAUAUCUGCUGGCAAAACCAACCCCUUAGACAAAGAAGUCUUAAGAAAUGUAGCUCUGAGAGCCAAGUGUCAGGGCUACACCAUAUUUGUAUUUUCCUUUGGUCCUAUACACAACGACAAAGAAUUAGAGGAAUUAGCCAGCCACCCACUGGAUCAUCACUUAGUCCAGCUUGGCCGAAUCCACAAGCCAGAUUUGAACUAUAUCAUCAAGUUUGUCAAGCCAUUUGUUCAUUUAAUCAGACGUGCCAUCAACAAAUAUCCCCCUGCAGAUCUGAGACCCAAGUGUGUUAACAUCACCUCUCCCAACCCAGAGAAUGUUGGCUCAGGAAACAAUGCAUUCCAUAUUCCUGAGGUGUAUAAAAUAGAGACAGGAAACAGUGAGCUGUUUGAUGAAUUUGGUUCCCAGGAGCAGCAUUCAUUUGUAUUAGGGAUCAGUCCUAGUAAUGGUUCUGAGACUGCUACUGAUUUGAUCCAGAAGUUAUACCUGCUCUUUUCAACUGGAGAACUGCUGGUGAACAAUGAGAAAGAGGCACAAUCAGAAGAAAUGCCAGCUCUAGCAGAUGGUAAACAACAAGAUAAAAAAGAUGGUGAGGACUCAAGAUGAUCAUAGCAGAAAAGGGAGAUCAUUCCACUGGAAUUCCAACCAGAAACUACAAAUCAUCUGUCAGAAGUGGAGUGGUGAGGGGCAGGAACUUUUCAUGAAACCAAUUGGCUAAUAACAUGCUAAAUUUGUUCUGCUUCAAAUCUGAAAGGGAGACUUUUCUGAGUGAAGACAUCAAUAAGCAUAACUGAGAAACUAGGAAUGAUUUCAUCUCUUCCGAGAACUUGGACAACUGACCAGGAAAAGCUGACGGAAUCUUUUCUUCGAGAGCUCUGGAUGGUUCAGAUAGCAAUAUGAUGCUAUAUCUGCUUAAAGAUUUUUGUCAUGAUUUUCAUCCCAUCUACAUCUCAGAUGGGGCAGUUGAAGAAAAAGCAGUUAGAAUUAGCAUUUCCUAGGAAUGUCUCCUAUCUCCUCAUAGAAUGAGAAACUCUCGUCCAUCUCUUCAAUUCUGGUACAGCUGGUGAAUCCAGCCCUGAGUACCCUAUAAAACCCACCUGGCCAGCUGCUGCCACCACAGUCAAUGUUUGCUCUUUACCAGAACAUUUAGAAAAGAAUGGAUUUCCUGAGAAAAAAAAAGUGAAAUGAGGCUAAUUUUAUGAAUGGCUAUUUUGUGCUGUGAUCCUUUGUUUUACAUUUAACAUGCUUUGCUUUAUAUGUACUUGGUUUUUGCUGGGAAAAAAAAUUAUGGAAAAAAUGAAUAUUCUAUAUGACCAGAGCUGUUCUUGGGAAUUACAAUGGAACAAGUGACAAGUUCUAGAAUAAAAGCAUGUCUGAGCUGGAA